AUGUUUUCGUUUCAUGAUCUCAUGAGUGGAGUAGAUGCUAGGAAGAUCAUCGGACCAUUGAUGUCACCAUUUAUGGACAUGUUCGAUGUGAUGCAGAGGAACGUCAAAGCUCGAGCAUAUGCGGAUAAGUGCCUUGCCUCUGCGGUGUCAACAACACCUGCGCGUAUUGUUAUCCGUGUAAAGCUGAUAAUCUCGCCAAAAUUUUUGCUAAACGCAUAUUUUCAAGUAGCCCAAGAACGCGAAGACAGCCCCCUAAGCAGUUCGAGAAGCAUUUUCGAGAUGAUAGAACGCUUAAAUCGACCAACAACCACAACGACCCCACAGCCUCCUCUGCUAGAGCGCCUGAUAAGACCAUAUUUGGAACCUUGGCAGAAGCAGUUCAAUGACCUCCAAAAAGAUGUAGCCGGCAUUUUACCAGCAACAACUACAACUUCGCCAAAGAUUACAACCACCACCAGAGAAAAUCUUUUCGCAAAGUCUCUACAGCUAUUUUUCCCCUCGGUUCAAGAUGAAAAACCUCUUGCAACGACAACUCCUACCCCUCCUAAGCUCUUUGAUGCUAGUAUGAUCGAAAAACUGUUCUUCUCAAGACAGAAACGGGAUAUACACACACGACAAAAACGACAGGAAGACGUGAGGUCGCCAAGUUCAGGUCUGUUCAAUCCGUUUGAAAACCUUGAAAAACCAGUUUUAGAGUUCUCCAAUCCAUUCACACCAAAUCCGCUG